CGGGGUUAUGCGCCAUAUUGGCAGUCUCCUCCAUCUCACCAAACCUCGAGCAUGCAUGUUUCAAACCGGUUAUUGAAGAGAUUUCUAUAAAUAUUCACAGACAUCUGCGAGCCGAAAUACAACACCAUGGAGGCCGUCAAAGCCUUCAACAUCGAGCUGUACUCACUGAAUGAGUACAAGCCUCCCAUCUCCAAGGCCAAGAUGACCCAGAUCACCAAGUCUGGAAUCAAAGCUAUAAAAUUCUACAAGCAUGUUGUCCAGAGUGUGGAGAAGUUCAUACAAAAGUGCAAACCAGAAUACAAGGUCCCAGGGCUGUACGUCAUUGACUCCAUCGUCAGGCAGUCACGGCACCAGUUUGGCACAGAGAAGGAUGUCUUCGCUCCGCGCUUCAGCAAGAAUAUCAUCGGAACUUUCCAGCACCUCUACCGCUGCCCCUCAGAUGAUAAGAGUAAGAUAGUGCGAGUGCUCAACCUGUGGCAAAAGAAUGCUGUCUUCAAGAGUGACAUCAUCCAGCCUCUGUUGGACAUGGCUGCAGGGCUUCCCCCACCCAGCGUCACCCCUGUCAUGCCAAGCAGUGCUGCCCCGGUCAACAACACUACACCUGGUACACCAGCCACCCCGGCCACCCCUGCCAACAUAGUCCAGAGUCUGCCUGACUGGGCCUCGCAGAUCUCCAACACAGACACUGUGGCUGCUGUGGCCCAGAUCCUACAAAGUCCUCAGGGACAACAGCUGCAGCAGCUGGUGCAGAGCCUGCAGAUGCAGCAUCAGAAGCCCCAGCCUUCCCUGCUGCAGGCUCUGGACGCCGGACUGGUGGUGCAGCUACAGGCCCUGACAGCCCAGCUCACUGCUGCCGCCACUGCCAACAGCCUGAACCCCCUGGAACAGAGGGUUUCCUCCUUCAACAAGAAACUUUUAGGCCAGUUUGAUUUUGGGAAUGAUUCUGAACGUGGUGAAGAUUCUAAAAAAGACACUGCAUCAUCUCAGCUGCCCAUGGUGUCAGAGUCCAUCAACAGCUCACUCUUCCACCAGCUGGCAGAGCAGCUGCAGCAGCAGAACCUUGAGCAGUUCCAGAAACAGCUGCUGGAGCACCAGCAACACCAGCAGAAGUCUAUGAGCAUGGAGGGACAAGACUCCAUCUUUGGGACAGAGAACUCAGUCACAACCGCCCAGAGCAGCAGCCAGCCACAGCUUUCUGAGCAAGAGAACAAGUUGGAUGACUCCAUUGACAACCAGCAGCAGGACAUGGAUCUGGAUGAGGGCCCAGAUGGCAUGGAGGAAGAGAUCUUUGAGGCAGAAGAGAAGAAGACUGCCAGCACACGCUCCAGAACUCGCUCCAGGUCACGCUCCAGGUCACCCAAAAGGAGAAGGUCCAGGUCCCGCUCUGGCUCACGGAAACGAAAGCACCGCAAGAGGUCACGCUCACGCUCCAGAGACCGCAAGAGGAAAUCAUCACGGUCAUACUCCAGUGAGAGACGUGCCCGAGAGCGAGAAAAAGAGAGGCAGAAGAAAGGACUCCCUCCUAUACGAUCCAAGACACUCAGUGUGUGCAGCACAACUCUGUGGGUGGGCCAGGUGGACAAGAAGGCCACUCAACAAGACCUGACAAACCUGUUUGAAGAAUUUGGUCAGAUAGAGUCCAUCAAUAUGAUCCCUCCCAGGGGCUGUGCGUACAUCUGUAUGGUCCACAGACAGGAUGCCUACCGUGCCCGCCAGAAGCUCAGCACUGGCUCCUUUAAGAUUGGCUCCAAGGUCAUCAAGAUUGCAUGGGCCCUGAACAAGGGGGUGAAACAGGAGUACAAGCAGUUCUGGGAUGUAGACCUGGGCGUCACCUACAUACCCUGGGAGAAGGUUAAGCUGGACGACUUAGACGGCUUCGCUGAAGGGGGCAUCAUUGACCAAGAGACAGUGAACGAUGAGUGGGAGGCGGCCAAGAAUGCUGAGCCAGCCAAAGAAGUUGCAAGCCAACCAGCAAGUGCUGAGGCUCUGGCAGCUUCUAACACCCAGCCUGAGGCCUACAACCAACAGGUCACCAUGAUGCCUGUACAGCUGCCAGUGGCCCAAGCUGUCCCAGCUGCAGUUGGUCUGGUGCCUCCCUCCUUCCCUGUCUCAAUGGGCAUACCCCCACCAGGCUAUGGGCCACCACCUCCCUUCAUCAGGGCUGGCUUCAACGCCGCACAGCCUCCCCCAGGUUUCAUGCAGGCAGCACAGACAGCAGGCAUGGCCUCAGCACCUACAUCUCUGGUGCAGCCUUCGAUUGCAUCCAACCAAGAAAAUGUUAAGGAAUCACCAUACAGCGCGAUGAUCCCUCCCACCAGCACUAUUCCUGGCAGCUUCAUGCCCUCAGCCAUACCCGGAGCAGGUGUCUUCAAUCCAGUGGGAGUCCAAACUCAGCAAGCCGCCAAUGACAAAACACCGCAGGUUUCCGAGGGCAUGGAUGCUGCGGCAGAAAUCACAUUGCAAGGCAUGCAAAAUGCAGUGCGUAGUGGCAUGGGGCUUCUUGGCAUGCAUCCUGCAACUUCCCUGUCACACCCCCUGCACCAGUCUGGUCUGUCUGGACAGCGGAUGCCCGGCCUGCUACCUCUGGAUCUGCGGCCAAACCUCCUCCAACCUGGGGCUGGGGCCCGCUUCCCUCUCCUUAUGCAGCAGGGCCUGUCUCAGCAGGCCAGUGCCCUCCUAGACACUUCCAUCCAGGCCCAGGCCCGUGCCAGGGCCCCCUUCCCCCAGUUGGACCCAUUCAACAGGGCCCCCAACCCACCCAAUGACAACUUACCCAAGACUGAGGAUGAACCCUCCUCUGGGGCCGAUGAGGGCAAGGACCAGGACUACCGCUUCCCCCCACCAGAGAAGCCAAGCACAGGGCUCCUGAGGACCCCUCCACCAGAGCAUCGGGAGCCCCUCGGUAGUGGAGGCGCAGCUCCUCUUUCUGGUGGAGGAGGCAGGCCUGCCCUGCUCCAGACCCCAGGGACUCAGCCAGCGAGAACCAGCCUAGUGGGACGACUACAGGCCCUGGCAGGAUUUACUCCUGAUAGCCGCUGGAGCCAGACCAGAGGCGAUUUUGAUGAACGAGACAACAUGCGAGGAGGCCCGCAGGCUCCUGGAGGUCCAAAAGGCUUCCAGGAGGAGCGACCUUCCCCUGGGCAGAACUUCCCUAACCGCUUUGAGAACCGUCCCGGGGCAGCAGGAGGAGCAGCCAGUGCUUCAGGUGUUGCUGGUGUUGGGGGGCCACAGGCCUGGAAUCGUAGUGGUGCCUCUGCAGCACCUUUUGAUGAUGACCAUCAAGAUCUAGAUGACCGCAGACGCCCAUGGGACAGGCAAAGAGAUAGAGAUGAGAGAGAUUUUGAUUUCAGGAGGGAGAUGAAUGGAAACCGCCACAGCCGCGAGAGAGAGCGCGAGAGAGAAAGAGAGAGGGAGCGCGAGAGGGAGAGAGACAGGGAUAGAGGUCGCGACCGCACCCGAGAACGUGAACGAGAGAGAGACCGGGACAAAGAGAGAGACCGUGAGAGGGAGCGUGAACGUGGAAGCUGGACACCUCUCCUCCCUCUACCCACACCCCUGCUUCCAACUCCACCCCUUAAUCCCAAUCUAACCCUGAACCAAGGCAAACUGCUGGCCCCGCUCAAAUUAAACCCCCAGAUUCAGCCCAGAUUCCAGUCCCCGCUUCUGCCUCAAACUCAGGCCAAACCACCUCUUAACCUGGGUCUGGGUCCGCCACUGCUUCCGGUUCCAACGAAGUCUCCACCUCCAGCACAGGGCCAAGGGGCUGUGCCUGAGUCCCAGUCAGAACCCCCAGCCCAAUCUCAGACUUUGUCUCAGGCUCAGUCACCACCCAUGGCCCAGUCACCACUCAAGACAGAGCCUCAGAGCUCAUCAACUGAGGCCUCUUCCGAGGCCCAGUCAUCUCCACUUGAGCCCCCUCCAUCCAUGCCAUCACUAGCCCAGGGUGCAGCCCAAUCCCCCUCCGAGGCCAUGGCCUCUCACCCACAUGCUGACACCUCAAGCCAAGCCUCAACGCUUGUUUUGGCCUCAUCCCAGGACUCACCAGUGGCCUUCCCACAAGCUGCUGGCCUCCCUGAAGAGACUACUGACUCUCUGGAGGAGCAGGAGAAACCACAGAAAGAUCAGGAUGAAACACAAGAGGGACCCUCCCCACCUCAGCACCAAUGGGUCAAUGGACCUGGGAUGGACAAUAGUGUUGUGGCUGAGCCCACACCCGAGCCCUCAGCAGAGCCCACUCCAGAGCCCUCCCCUGAUCCCAUGUUGGAACGGGCUCCCUCACCUUCCCUCUCAGCCACCCCCACCCCCAUAAUGUCACCAGCCCCAGCAUCAAACCCAGAGGAAUCCCAAAGUGAAUCAGAGCAGCAGCAGCAGCAGCAGCAGCUUGCCUCCCCUAAGGACGAAAACAAUGAACAGAGUCAGCCCACGGAGGAAGCUGAGAGUCAGCCAGUGGUUGACACUGACACAGACACUGAGGGGACAUAAUCAUCACUCAGUAGGUAAAAGAUCAUUUUGUAAAGUUGUCUCUUCUUCUCUGUACUCAUGUCAGCAAACCACCACCACACGGGACAUGGCGAGUACUGACUCACACCUAUUAAUGUCUGAUAACUAAUAACAAAUGAUUUUAUCUCUCACAAAUACCAGUGUACUUCAAUAGAUGGCUCACUAGCUGAUUUAUUGGUAGAUAAUUUUGUUUGUAUUUUAUUUCGUUUUUCCUUUUUUUUUAAGUUGUAAUGCCACCCCACCCAUUUUAAUUAACCUAAGCUUGGUGAAUUUUAAUGAAUUGCCUGCCAAAAUGUUUCAAUUGUAUAUGGGGGAAAAGAGCUUUGACCUUCCUAUGGAAGAGAGUAAGGAAUCCUGGCUGUUCCAACAAUGGAUCGAAUCCAGUUAUACACAGUACUUGAAAACAGCAGUCGCUGGCCCGUUUCUGUCUUUUCUUCUUUUUAAAAUGCUGCUGCAAAGUUUUAAAUGAAUGCUUUUGUGGUGUCCAGUAAUGCUUCCUGUUUCUAAGCAGAACCAAUAGCCUACAUGCAGUGAGACCAGUACAGCUGCUUACAAAUGGGAAAAAGGAACAUUUAAAAUGAUGAAAACAUGACAAUGUUGUAUCCCCAAAAUAAAUGUCUGUGAUUUGUUUCUCAUAAUUCAGUGAACAGCAAAAUUACAUGCCAGGGGGGAGAAAAAGAAAGAAAUGAACAGAGGGAUAAUCUGGAUGUCGGGUGCAUAUUGUUUUAGUUUGAAAUAAACAUGCUUUGUUUGUUUAAACACAUGCUUUAGGACUGUGUUUUCUGACCCAGGACCAGUGGAAACUAAGACCGCUUUACAGACUUGUACACAUUUUGUGUUGUUACAACAGUCGAUUUGAUGUUCUCGUAACUGAAGUUGCUGCUUUACCAUCCAUCCACCGAGCACUUUGUUGGAUGCAACCGUGGGACUUGUAGUUUUUAGUUUUUGAUGACUUCAGCCUGUAUGUUUCCCUAAGCUUUUGCCGGGUGACUGUUGAGGAUGGGAUUGUGCCUUUUUGAAUGGAUUUGUUGUUCAUGAUGCCACCCAACACUACUGUGCGAUAUACACCAGACCUUGCGACUCAAUUUCAGACAGCUUUAUGACCAGAAUGCUUCCUGUACAGAGAAUUAACUGGCCUACCUUUUGAAGGGUAGCUGGGCAGUUUGUACAGCACUCACCUGCAGGAGAAAAAGUCUACAUACUCCAUAGUUAUGUGCAUGCAGGCCUGUAGCCAUGUUUCAACCUUCUUGUCUCUUGUUCAUUUCAUACCUGUAGUGCUUUUCUGUUGAGACAUAGCCUACUACUACUUCUACUACUACUAGCAAACCAUAGUCUGCUGUUCUCUCAGACCAAAUGUCCACUACAGGAGAUGUGAUGUUGAAUAAAAGUUGAAGGUUCAUCAGA